GGAAAAACGUAAAUAAUUGGCUUUGACAUAAUUUCCCAAAAUAACCUCACACGCCUUAGGUAUGUACCUAACAAACUAUCUAUAAAGACGAUCGUUUUUCCGUCUUGACUAUCAUUUUACUUUACAUUGUCCGGAUGAUGUUAAAGAUGACACCAGGAAGUUGUUUUAAGUUUAUUUUCAAUAUUUUAUUGUUAAUAUCAACGUAUUCAGUGUUAGUUUUCGCAGGCAAGCCUAUAAAGAAAAUCACCUGCGAAGGUAACACAUUAAAUAUUAGUUGUGGUGCUGGAGUGAUCCACGUGAUUAGGGAAAACUAUGGUAGACUGUCCAAAAAUGUUUGCACCAAUGGGAUUGUCGUCAAUCCUCAUUUGCAUUGCAUGGCAAUUGAGACCCCGAACAUCGUUCGCAGCAGAUGUUCGAAUAUGCACAGCUGCAGUAUACCAGCCACCAACAGUGUCUUCGGAGACCCGUGUGACGGCACCAGCAAAUAUUUGGAAGUGGAAUAUAAAUGUAUAGCGUCUCCGGCAGCAGCCAAACAAACGAUAGCUUGUGAGUGGACAACCUUAAAUAUUGGUUGUCCAGCAGGGUAUAUAAUUGACGUAUUACGCGUAACCUAUGGUCGAAUGUCUGGAACGAUCUGUGCUGAUAGUGGUAGAGUGCGGAAUCAGUUUUGUCAAGCAAGAAAUGGCUACGAGAUAGUCGACCUUUACUGUUCCUAUCAGCAACAAUGUUCUAUACCAGCUCUAAAUAGCGUUUUCGGAGAUCCAUGUCCUGAUACCAGCAAAUAUUUGGACGUUCAGUACCAAUGCCUGCCAAUGACAACUCCAAUCAAACAUGCCGUUGCUUGUGAGUGGACCCAUUUGUAUAUCGGAUGUGAUCCAGGCAAAGUCAUUUCCGUUUUGCGCGCAAACUUUGGCCGGUUGUCGUCAAGUGUUUGUAACUAUGAUGGCAAGGCGGCAAUUCGUCGUGAUUUUUGCUCGUCGGAUCGAAGUCUAACAGUUGUCAACGGCGCUUGCUCGGGUCAACAGUUUUGCAGUGUUCCAGCAACGAUUCAAACCUUUGGAGAUCCGUGUGGGGAUACUAACAAAUAUUUGGAGGUCGAUUACAUUUGCAGUUGAAUGUAAAGAAAAAAUAUUAAAAUGACCUCGAAAGCUUGUCUAGCCUUAUUAAUCCGUUUCU